AUGAGCGACGUCGUUUACAAGGUGCACAGUGGGGAGAGUGACUUGUCGUGCUUCCCACCACUCCGGGAGACGGCAAUCAGCAGUUUUAUUUCGACGAAGACUACGAGGGGCCGACGAAAGGCGUACAAGUUGGUGACAGAGAGCUACGUUGUUGCCUCUACAGUCUACGCGAACUACUCCUGCAAAACCCCCCUCAAGAGCACUUAUGUGUCAUUCAUCUGCCCUGCGGUGAAGCAGACCUAUCGGCUUCCUGUUGGACUCAAAGCAGCGUUGCGCCUUCAGGGAGAUGUACUUGGCGGCCUUUGUGAGUGUGCUGCUGGCAAGCACGCAUGUAACCAUUUGCAAGCUGUACUGAAGUUAGUGGCAUUACUUCAAGUGAAAGGAUACAAUUAAGCGCCAGAGCAUCUCUGAUCGACAGAUUUGCCACAGCAGUGGAGAGUGCCAAGGACCAAUCCGCUUCGCGGAACAAGUCUGCAGCAGGUAGACGGGUGGAGAGUAGGGGAGGACGGGCAAGAUUUGCCCCGCACCUCUCGCCUGUAUAAAGGCAUCAAGGAGGAAGCAACAAAAAAAAAGGCAACAGGAGGAAGGCAUAAGGGCCUUUGCCGAUGCACAGAAAGAAAUUAA